GUGAAUCUGUCUCCGAUUAUAAACAAAAGCCAUCAGCGCUCUCCUUCAGGCUUCCUAAAACAGCAAAUAGAGAAGUGACGCUCGCGUCUUCCACGAAUCCCCAGUGGAGUCGCUUUCAGUCCCUCCACCUCGGCGUCGACUUAUCGCUUCCAGUCAUUUGCCCCUCCCCUUCGGGUUCUCACACGGCGGCGGCAACCUCGGCCUCCACCUCGCGUGCUAGCACACACACACACACGGCACGCUCACGCAUACCGCGCAGGCAGGCAGUGGCACUCGCAACACAGCCACGGCCGUUCCACCAGGCAUGGCACAGGGCUCUACUUCAUUAUGGCAGCAGCGCGACACAGCACUCUCGACUUCAUGCUCAGCGCCACAGAGGCGACAUUUGCUGUUGGUGGUAACAUGUUGAAUUUUUGCCUUCAUGCAGCUUGUGGCUAAGGCUUGUUAUUGAGCUGCCUCCUUCUCCCAUAUGGCCCACCUUUGUUCAAUUUUGCUGAUUGUAAUGCCAUUUUUAAAAGUCUACAAUCCAUCUUCCAAAAGGAGGGAAUGACAGAAACUAUUCAUAACUGGGAAAAUCAUGGUUACCUAGCAACAUACGUCAAUAAAAAUGGCUGCUUUGCGAAUCUGAGAAUUUAUCUUCACGGUUUGGUUUUGGUUGAUGUACAGAGUUGCAAUGAUUUGAAUGAGAGAGAAGAAACAGAACAGCUUCUAAAUAAAGUAGAAGAAAAAAUGAAAGAAUUAUUUCAUAAAAGUAUCAAAAGGAUAAAGCGCUUGCCAGUCAUUAUGAGAGGGGAUGCAAUUGAUAGAUACUGGCCUACAGCAGAUGGGCGAUUGGUGGAAUAUGACAUAGAUGAAGUUGUAUACGACGAAGAAUCAGUUUAUCAGAAUAUUAAAAUUUUACAUUCAAAACAAUUUGGAAAUAUUCUUAUCCUCAGUGGGGAUGUUAAUCUGGCAGAAAGUGACCUAGCAUAUACAAAAGCUAUAAUGGGGAGUGGAAAGGAAGAUUACACCAACAAAGAAGUGCUCAUUCUUGGAGGUGGUGAUGGAGGAAUAUUGUAUGAAAUUGUCAAAUUGAAACCAAAGAUGGUCACCAUGGUAGAGAUUGACCAAAUGGUGAUUGAUGGAUGUCGAAAAUACAUGCGUAAAACAUGUGGAGAUGUCUUGGACAAUAUAAAAGGAGAAUGCUAUCAGGUACUAAUAGAAGAUUGUAUCCCAGUCCUGAAGAGAUAUGCCAAAGAAGAAAGAAUGUUUGAUUAUGUAAUUAACGACUUGACAGCUAUUCCAAUCUCCACAUCUCCAGAAGAAGAUUCUACAUGGGAGUUUCUACGAAUGAUUCUGGACCUUUCAAUGAGAGUCUUGAAACCUGAUGGAAAAUAUUUCACCCAGGGAAAUUGUGUCAACCUCACGGAAGCCUUGUCUCUCUAUGAAGAACAACUUGGCAGAUUAUAUUGUCCUGUUGAAUUCUCAAAAGAAGUUGUAUGUGUCCCUUCAUACAUGGAGCUAUGGGUAUUUUAUACUAUUUGGAAGAAGACUGAUAUUUGAAGCUGAAAGACUCCUCUACACAUGCUGCAUGAAAUGUGUAGGCUUGCCACAUGCUUUGUCUUGGCAUCUUGACUUUAAAUUAUAUGCUGUAGAUUAUUUUGAAACUUAAUCACACUAUCAGUUAAUAAUUCUUUAAAUGUUUUUUAUUACUUUAAAAGCAAAUGCACAAUGUAUAUUUUGAUGAACUAGUAUGUUAUUUCUUAAAGUUAACUUAGCUGAAUUAGCAGCAAAAUUGUAGCUGCUGAAUGCACUGAACCUUUAGAAUGUGAUCUUUUAUUAUGUUUAUUUUAGAACUUUGAACACCGGUUUUAAAAGUCAAUAUUAGAAUUUAGUGUGAUUUAAUGUGAAUUUACUGUAGAUUUUUUUCUUCAACAUUCAUCUGUUUAAUAAUCAUGGUGUGACUUGUGCAUUUGGUGUCAUGAUCACUGUGCUUCC